CAUUUAUUGACGAUCAGUUAAUCUAGAAUUGUCAAUCAGGAUCAAACGUAAACAACUUUUGGGAACUUUGUUUUUGGAAAACCGUGAAAAAUGGCUGAUGUUCAAAGGCAUUCAGUCCAUACGCUAGUUUUUCGGUCGUUAAAACGAUCGCAUGAUAUGUUUUUAUCGAACCAAGGACUUUUACCACCAGUUGAUGAAAAAGCCGAAAAAAUAAAAAUAGCAGUAAAAGCUCGUGAUUUAUAUGGACUUGUAUUUGAAGAUGUUAAAAAAGAACAAGCCAUGAAAGCUUUACAAGAAAUGGAUUCGGGUGACAAUCCACCUCCUCCAGGGACAGCUGUUCCUGCAAUUUUGGAUAAACAAUCAAAUAAUCCAAGUAACGCCCUAGUCUUACAUUCAGAACACAAUCACAGUUUAAACACAGCCUUUAACCCGAGCUCAAAUGCUUCGGCUGGCGCAUCUGGUCAAACUUUACAACAGCUACCAAGAAAAGCUCCAUCGAUGCCCAAACCAAAAUGGCAUGCACCAUGGAAAUUAAAGCGAGUUAUUGCAGGCCAUUUGGGAUGGGUACGAAGUGUUGCUGUAGAACCGGGUAAUGAGUGGUUUGCAACCGGUGCCGCUGAUCGAGUUAUAAAAAUUUGGGAUUUAGCUAGUGGACAGUUAAAAGUUUCUUUAACGGGUCACGUGAGUGCUGUCCGAGGUUUGGCGGUUAGUGAUCGUCAUCCUUAUUUGUUUAGUUGUGGAGAAGAUCGGCAAGUUAAAUGUUGGGAUUUAGAAUACAAUAAGGUUAUUCGACACUAUCAUGGACAUUUAUCUGCCGUUUAUUCAUUGUCUUUACAUCCAAAAUUGGAUAUUUUAUUAACAGCUGGUCGCGAUUCAACAGCUCGUGUUUGGGAUAUGAGAACAAAAGCUAAUGUGCAUACAUUAACCGGUCAUACAAACACUGUAGCAUCAGUCGUCACACAAGCCAGUGAACCUCAAGUUAUAACCGGAUCACAUGACUCAACGAUACGAUUAUGGGAUCUAGCCGCAGGCAAAUCGUUGUGUACCCUCACAAAUCAUAAAAAAAGUGUACGAAGUAUUGUUUUACAUCCAACCCUAAAUAUGUUUGCAUCUGCAUCCCCGGAUAAUAUCAAACAAUGGAAAUGUCCUGAAGGCAAAUUUAUACAAAAUUUAUCAGGGCAUAAUGCAAUUAUUAAUUGCUUAGCUGUAAAUCCAGAUGGAGUUUUGGUUUCUGGAGGCGAUAAUGGUAGUUUACAUUUAUGGGAUUGGCGAACUGGUUAUAAUUUCCAAAGAUUACAGGCUCCAGUUCAACCUGGUUCAAUGACAAACGAAGCUGGUAUAUUUGCAAUGACAUUUGAUCAAUCUGGUACACGAUUAAUAACCACAGAAGCGGAUAAAACUAUAAAAAUUUAUAAGGAAGAUGAAACUGCAACUGAAGAAACCCAUCCAAUUAAUUGGCGACCAGAAAUUUUGAAACGACGUAAAUUUUAAAUGAAA